AUGGGCUUCUUUCUGGCUCUGGCAUGGAUACUCCUGGUGGGGCCAUGGAUGCCCAUGGGUGCUCAGAACCCCAUUUCCUGGGAGGUGCAGCGCUUUGAUGGGUGGUACAACAACCACAAGGAGCACAAAUGGGGCAGCAAAGGUUCAAGGCUACAGCGGCUGGUCCCGGCCAGUUAUGCUGAUGGUGUGUACCAGGCCAUGGGAGAACCCCAUCUGCCCAACCCCCGAAAUCUUAGCAACACCGCCAUGAGGGGCACUUCAGGGCAGGCCUCCCUGCGGAACCGCACAGUGAUGGGGGUCUUCUUUGGCUACCACGUGCUGUCCGACCUGGUGAGCGUGGACAGACCCGGCUGCCCCGCCGAGUUCCUCAACAUCCACAUCCCGCCCGGAGACCCUGUGUUCGACCCCCACAGCCGCGGGGACGUGGUCCUGCCUUUCCAGAGGAGCCGCUGGGACCCCCAGACCGGCCAGAGCCCCAGCAACCCCCGAGACCUGACCAACCAGGUGACCGGCUGGCUGGACGGCAGCGCCAUCUAUGGCUCUUCGCACUCCUGGAGCGACGCGCUGCGGAGCUUCUCCGGGGGGCAGCUGGCGUCGGGGCCGGACCCAGACUUCCCGCGGGACGCGCAGAACCCGCUGCUCAUGUGGGUCGCGCCGGACCCGGCCACGGGAGAUCACGGGCCCCGGGGGCUGUACGCCUUCGGGGCGGAGCGCGGGAACCGCGAGCCCUUCCUGCAGGCGCUGGGCCUGCUGUGGUUCCGCUUCCACAACCUGUGCGCGCAGAGGCUGGCGGCCGCGCACCCGCGCUGGGACGACGAGCAGCUGUUCCAGCACGCGCGCAAGCGGGUCAUUGCCACCUACCAGAACAUCGCCAUGUAUGAGUGGCUGCCCAGCUUCCUUGGGAAGACGCCCCCCGCCUAUGCAGGGUACCGCCCUUUCCUGGACCCCAGCAUCUCUCCAGAGUUCCUGGUGGCCUCUGAACAGUUUCUCUCCACCAUGGUGCCCCCUGGCGUCUACAUGAGAAAUGCCAGCUGCCACUUCCAGUGGGUUAACAGGAAUUCAACUGUCUCCAGAGCUCUCCGGGUCUGCAACAGCUACUGGAGACGAGAGCAUCCCCAAAAUGCCAAAGAUGUGGUCGCACUGCUGCUGGGCAUGGCCUCCCAGAUCGCCGAGCGAGAGGACCAUGUGGUGGUUGAGGAUGUUCAAGAUUUCUGGCCUGGACCUCUGAAGUUUUCCCGCACAGAUCACAUGGCGAGCUGCCUGCAACGGGGCCGGGAUCUGGGCCUGCCUUCCUACAGCAAAGCCAGGGCAGCACUGGGCCUGCCUCCUGUUACCAGCUGGCAGGACAUCAACCCUGCACUUUCCCGAAUCAAUGGCACUGUACUAGAGGCCACAGCUGCCUUAUACAACCAGGACCUGUCUCGGCUGGAGCUGCUCCCUGGGGGUCUCCUGGAAAGCCACGGGGACCCUGGACCCCUCUUCAGUGCCAUUGUGCUCGACCAGUUUGUGCGGCUGCGGGAUGGUGACCGGUACUGGUUUGAGAACACCAAGAAUGGGCUGUUUUCUGAGGAAGAGAUCACAGAGAUCAGAAACACUUCGUUCCGGGACAUUCUGGUGGCCGUCACCAACGUGAGCCCAAGUGCCUUGCAACCCAACAUCUUUUUCUGGAGAGCUGGAGACCCCUGCCCGCAGCCCACACAGCUCAGCACUGAAAGCCUGCCAGUCUGCACUCCUCACAUCGUUCGAGACUAUUUUAAGGACUGCAGAUUUGGCUUUUGGGUCACCAUUGCGACCCUCUGCUGCUUCCCCCUGGUGAGCCUUCUCAGCGCCUGGAUUGUUGCCCGACUCCGGAGGCGAAACUUCAAGAGGCUGCAAGGGCAGGGCCGCCAGAGCAUCAUGUCUGAGAAGUUCGUGGAGGGUGUGGAGGCACUGGAAUGGCAGGGCCACAAGGAGCCUUUCCGGCCUGUGCUCGUGCAUCUACAGCCCGGCCAGCUCCGUGUGGUAGACGGCAGAUUCUCUGUGCUCCGCAUCAUCCAGCUGCGGCCUCCGCAGCAGGUCAACCUCAUCCUGUCCAGCAACCGCGGCCGCCGCACCCUGCUGCUCAAGAUCCCCAAGGAGUAUGACCUGGUGCUGCUGUUCAACCUGGAGGAGGAGCGGCAGGAACUGGUGGAGAACCUGCGGGCGACUCUGAAGGAGAGUGGGCUGAGCUUCCAGGAGUGGGAGCUGCGGGAGCAGGAGCUGAUGAGGGUGGCUGUGACACGGGAGCAGCGGAGCCACCUCCUGGAGACCUUCUUCAGGCACCUUUUCUCCCAGGUGCUGGACAUCAACCAGGCCGAUGCGGGGACGCUGCCCCUGGACUCAUCCCAGAAGGUGCGCGAGGCCCUGACGUGUGAACUGAGCCGAGUUGAGUUUGCCGAGUCCCUCGGCCUCAAGCCCCAGGACAUGUUUGUGGAGUCCAUGUUCUCUCUGGCUGACAAGGACGGCAAUGGUUACCUGUCGUUCCGGGAGUUCCUGGACAUCCUGGUGGUGUUCAUGAAAGGUUCCCCGGAGGAGAAGUCCCGCCUUAUGUUCCGCAUGUAUGACUUUGACGGGAAUGGUCUCAUCUCCAAGAAUGAGUUCAUCAGGAUGCUGAGCUCCUUCAUCGAGAUCUCCAACAACUGCCUAUCCAAGACGCAGCUGGCCGAGGUGGUGGAGUCCAUGUUCCGGGAGUCAGGCUUCCAGGACAAGGAGGAGUUGACGUGGGAGGACUUCCACUUCAUGCUGCGGGACCAUGACAGCGAGCUGCGCUUCACACAGCUCUGUGUCAGAGGGGUGGAGGUACCUGAAGUCAUCAAGAACCUUUGUCGGCGAGCCUCCUACAUCAGCCAGGAGAAAAUCUGUCCCUCUCCCCGAGUGAGCGGCCGCCGGAGUGACAUGGAAGGGGAGCUGACACCACAGCGACUGCAGUGCAUCAGGGACACAGACCCUCCCCAGGAGAUUCGACGGAGGUUUGGCAAGAAGGUCACGUCCUUCCACCCACUGCUGUUCACUGAGGCGCACAGGGAGAAAUUUCAACGCAGCCGGCGCCACCAGACCAUGCAGCAGUUCAAGCGCUUCAUUGAGAACUACCGGCGCCACAUUGGCUGUGUGGCAGUGUUCUAUGCCAUCACCGGGGGCCUUUUCCUGGAGAGAGCCUACUAUUACGCCUUUGCGGCUCAUCACAUGGGCAUCACGGACACCACCCGCGUGGGCAUCAUCCUGUCCCGGGGCACGGCGGCCAGCAUCUCCUUCAUGUUCUCCUACAUCCUGCUCACCAUGUGCCGCAACCUCAUCACCUUCCUGCGCGAGACCUUCCUCAACCGUUAUGUGCCCUUCGAUGCCGCGGUGGAUUUCCACCGCCUUAUCGCCUGCACCGCCAUCGUGCUCACAGUGUUACACAGUGUAGGCCAUGUGGUGAAUGUGUACCUGUUCUCCAUCAGCCCUCUCAGCGUCCUAUCCUGCCUCUUUCCGGGUCUCUUUCAUGAUGAUGGCUCUGAGUUUCCCCAGAAGUAUUACUGGUGGUUUUUCCAGACUGUACCAGGCCUCACAGGGGUGGUGCUGCUCCUGGUCCUGGCCAUCAUGUAUGUUUUUGCGUCCCACCAUUUCCGGCGCCACAGCUUCAGAGGCUUCUGGCUGACCCACCACCUCUACAUCCUGCUCUACGUACUGCUCAUCAUCCAUGGCAGCUUCGCUCUGAUCCAGAUGCCUCGUUUCCACAUCUUCUUCCUGGUCCCAGCACUCAUCUAUGGGGGUGACAAGCUGGUGAGCCUGAGCCGGAAGAAGGUGGAGAUUGGAGUGGUGAAGGCAGAGCUGCUGCCCUCAGGAGUGACCCACCUGCAGUUCCAGCGACCCCAAGGCUUUGAGUACAAGUCGGGACAGUGGGUGCGGAUUGCCUGUCUGGCUCUGGGGACCACCGAGUAUCACCCCUUCACGCUAACAUCUGCACCCCAUGAGGACACGCUCAGCCUGCACAUCCGGGCAGCAGGACCCUGGACCACUCGCCUCAGGGAGAUCUACUCGCCCCCACCGGGUGACACCUGUCCCAGAUACCCAAAGCUAUACCUUGAUGGGCCAUUUGGAGAGGGCCACCAAGAGUGGCACAAGUUUGAGGUGUCUGUGCUGGUGGGAGGGGGCAUUGGGGUCACUCCCUUUGCCUCCAUCCUCAAAGACCUGGUCUUCAAGUCUUCAGUCAGCUGCCAAGUGUUCUGUAAGAAGAUCUACUUCAUCUGGGUGACGCGAACACAGCGGCAGUUCGAGUGGCUGGCCGACAUCAUCCGGGAGGUGGAAGAGAAUGACCGCCAGGACCUGGUGUCUGUGCACAUUUACAUCACUCAGCUGGCUGAGAAGUUCGACCUCAGGACCACAAUGCUGUACAUCUGUGAGCGACAUUUCCAGAAGGUGCUGAACCGGAGUCUGUUCACGGGCUUGCGCUCUGUCACCCACUUUGGCCGUCCCCCCUUCGAGCCCUUCUUCAACUCCCUGCAGGAGGUCCACCCACAGGUUCGGAAGAUUGGGGUGUUUAGCUGUGGCCCCCCUGGCAUGACCAAGAAUGUGGAAAAGGCCUGUCAGCUCAUCAAUAAGCAGGACCGGACUCAUUUCUUCCACCACUAUGAAAAUUUCUAAGCUUCCAUCCAAGGCUGAGCAGAGGUUUGGGUGCACUGCACCUGUCUGAUUCCCUCUGUCUUCUUCUCUUCCCACCUCCUAUUCUUGGUUCAGUCACUCCUGGUGGCUUCAGGGACCCCCAGACCCAGAAUGCAUCCUGGUCUAGAGAAGUGGGAGGCACUGGGGAUGAGAGGCUGGGAAAUGGAGAGCUUUCACUGCCUUUUGACAAGGUGACACUUUCACAUUAAGAAGAAAAAGUCGACUGAACUAGCAUGCAUGUGUGACAUG